AUGGCGGCUAACACGUCCAUCGCAGCGCUGGGUUGCGCCUCCUGCGUUUGUCUUCUCGCAAGGCCGCAGCAACCUGAUGGCCUCAGCCAAGUCGACCUCGGGCGGAUUGCCCUCGCCGCCAACGCUUUCGACGAGCAAUCUACCACCACCAUGAGACCCUCAGCUCGCCGCCUUAUGGCCUUGACCCUAUCCGCGACGCGUCCGCACUCGGUCAGUUUCAUCGGACUGGGACGCAUGGGCUCCCCGAUGGCCUAUAACCUGUUUUCGAAAUCCGUGGCGGAGAGCGAAGGAACCGCACGCUUUGUCGUCUGCGAUGCACGCACCGCUGUCGCUGAAGCGUUCGCCGCGGACUUUGUGAAGCAGUUCCCCGGCACGCAGGUCGACAUCGCAAACUCGCCCGAAGAAGCCGUGCUGGCCUCGCAGACCGUCGUCACUAUGCUCCCAUCCACCCCGCACGUUAGGAACGUCUACGCCGAAUCCGGCGGCAUCCUCCCCGCACUGCUGAGGCUGCCCAGAGAGGCCGUGCAGUCGACACUCUGCAUCGACUCGACAACGCUCGACGUCGAGACCGCCCGCACGCUCGUGGCGAGAGCAGACAAGAUCGGGGUCAGAAUGGUCGACGCGCCCGUGUCCGGCGGCGUCGCUGGUGCCAAAGCGGGCACGCUCAGCUUCCUCGUCGGCGGAACGAACACCGCGUUCGAGCUCGCGCGCCCGACGCUCGAGCGCAUGGGCAAGCACAUCAUCUACUGCGGCGGCUCCGGCGCGGGGCUCGCUGCCAAGAUCUGCAACAAUCUCGUCCUCGGCGUGCAGCAGAUUGUCGUCUCGGAGGCGAUGCUGCUUGGCCAGAAGCUGGGCCUUCAGCCGAAGGUGCUCGCGUCCGUGAUCAAUACCUCGACGGGCGCGUGCUGGGCCAGCUCUGUGAACAACCCCGUCCCGGGCGCUGUCCCCGACAAGUCUCCGCCCUGCGAGCGGGACUAUGAAGGCGGGUUCGCGACGCGGUUGAUGCUGAAGGACAUGGGCCUAGCGCUCAACAUCGCGGAGUCGACGAAGACCGCAAUGCCUUUGGGUGCUGCUGCGGGCGAGAUUUAUGCAGAGGUCAUCGCGGACGACCCAGACGCCGCUGAGAAGGACUUCUCCGCUGUGUACAGAUAUCUACGAUUGCCGAAGAACAAGGAAGAUUAA